AUGAAUAGAACUGUGCCUAAUACUGAGAAAUAUUUAUCCAUUUGGUAACUACAACUUUCCUCAAACAUCUCUGAACCUGUAAUCGCCAAGGCUGGUCUUGCCACCUUCCUGAGGGGUGUGCUGCUCAUCGUCCCAUUCACUUUCCUCACCAGGCGUCUGCCUUACUGCCAGGGCAACUUCAUUCCCCAUACCUACUGCGAUCAUAUGUCCGUGGCCAAGUUGUCCUGUGGCAAUUUCAAGGUCAACGCUGUCUAUGGUCUGAUGGUUGCUCUCCUGAUUGGGGGUUUUGAUAUGUUCUGUAUUUCUGUGUCUUACACUAUGAUCUUGCGGGCAGUGGUGAGUUUGUCAUCUGCAGAUGCUCGGCAGAAAGCCUUCAGCACCUGUACAUCCCACAUUUGUGCCAUUGUGAUCACAUAUGUUCCAGCCCUGUUCACCAUUUUUACUCACCGUUUUGGAGGACAAAACAUUCCCCACCAUGUUCAUAUCCUUAUUGCUAAUCUUUAUUUGAUGUUGCCUCCUACCCUGAACCCCAUUGUUUAUGGAGCCAAGACCAAGCAGAUCCAGGAAGGAGUGAUCAAAUUAUUUUUUAAAGAGAAAGCUAUCUUAGUUAUGCAAUAG